CUUCUUUUUGGGAGAGAUCAGUUUUCCACCAUUUUCCCCAGAAAUGAUCUUUCAAGGGGAAAUAGACAUGUAUAAUACCUUGAAGAUGGACUAUCCUCGACCUUUUGAACUCUACGCCUCUCAACUACCUCGACGGAGUCCAAUGUCAUGUGUGCUAGACAUGAUUGUCCACCUGGAACGACCAGAAAAUGAACUGCAGAUAAAAAAUAAACUGCGGAGACUCAUGGAAGACCUGAGGGAAGUUGAUAGGUCAAAGAUUUUGUCGUCUUCAACCAUCUGCGUCUCUCAUGCCAGAACCUCAGAGUCACGCCACUAUGGAGUGUCCAUGUCCACGUUCGAUUGUCUCCCUGGCAAAAUCAUGGUUGCUGCAUCCUGCUUUAGUAAUUGGGAUGACUUUGUAGCUGAUGCAGUCAUGACUUACUUUCCGGAUGAGAAGAAAUACUUUGAUGGAAGCAUCAAGCUUCCUGAAGAUAUCAGGUGCCAGGCCUUUAACAUCAGUGGGGGAACAGAAAUGAAUCCUUGCAAAUCAUGUGGCAAUUUAUUUGGAUUAAACACGAAUGAAACAGAGGGGUGGCCCUAUGGCAACUGUGCUGAGGUUGAAAGUCUUAGCAAUUUAUUCAAGAAUGAACAAGAAGUAAAAAUCAGAGCAACACCACAGUCUGACUCUCGGACAGAGGAGAACAGGCAGAGAGCUAGAAACAAUCUGUCAGGACAUCUUAAGAAAUGUUGGCUGAAAACAGUUAACUUUAAGUGGCAUGAUGAUUUCUACACCUCCACCUCCAUGAAUAAAUGAUAACCCCUUGAUGCCUGAUGUGUGAAAUAAUAAACAGAAGA